AUGACACUAAUAAGUGAAUCUAAAAUUCACUUAUCACUUUCUAAUGCACUAUUCAGCUAUGGUUUCGUCUCUACAAAUGCUGACUCUUCCCUCUUUUUUUGUGCUACAUCCACUCAUUGCACCUAUGUUCUUGUUUAUGUUGAUGAAAUUUUGAUAAUGGGCAGCUCUAACAACUAUGUUUCUCAACUCAUUGUUGGUCUGAAUUCAUUGUUUGCUCUAAAGGAUUUGGGCCGUGUCAACUACUUUCUGGGUAUUCAUGUAACUCAUACCACUAAUGGUUUUCACUUGUCUCAGAAAAAGUAUCUCCAAGAUUUUAUUUGUAGAGCAAAAAUGCAAGGUGAUAAGAAGAUUGCAACUCCAAUGAAUGCAACUUUGAAACUCUCCAACUAUGGUAGUGAUCCUGUCCAAGAUGCCACUUUUUAUAGGUCUAUCGUUGGUGCUCUUCAAUAUGCCGCAAUCACAAGGCCCAACAUUGCAUACUGUGUAAACAAGGUAGCUCAAUUUAUGCACAAUCCCCUUACUUCACAUUGGAUUGUUGUCAAAAGAAUAUUGAGAUAUCUUGCUGGCACCCUUGAUCAUGGAAUACAUAUGCAAAAGUCUUUCCAUUUUACACUUGAAGCCUUUAGUGAUGCAGAUUGGGCAUCGAACCCUGAAGAUCGUUGGUCCACUACUGGUUUUUGUGUAUACUUUGGAGGUAAUCUUAUUGGUUGGCAGUCCAAGAAACAAACCAACAUCUCUUGGUCUUCCAUAGAAGCUGAGUUUCGCAGCUUAGCUAGUGUUGUCACUGAACUAACUUGGAUUCAAUCCUUACUGCGUGAGCUUCAUGUUUCACUUCGAGCACCACCAACCGUCUGGUGUGACAAUUUAAGCUCUGUUAUGCUUGCUUCAAACUUGGUUCUUCAUGCUAGAACAAGGCACAUCGAAAUUGACCUCUACUUUGUGAGGGACAAAGUACUACAUCAUCAGCUUUUGGUCAAACAUGUUCCAGCUCUUGAUUUGGUUGCGAAUUGUCUCACUAAGCCAGUUUCUUGCAAUCGCUUCUCAGAUUUAAAGGACAAACUUACUGUGGUCUCCUUAUCCACAUUGAGUUUGAGGGGGCCUGUUAAGGAGUAG